UUCCGUCGUCUAGCAUCAGGAAGUUUACAAAUGCACGUGGUUUGGGACUGAUUACAAAUAUUACGUCUUUGCAUUCAAAUAGUUACUUGCAUACUUAUAUAAUGACAGAUGGCCCUUUGCCAGAGGAAUCGGGAGCUGUUUCUCGGCUGGACCUGCCUUUGGAGUAUACUAAACUGUUCUGUUCUGGUAAACGCAAGUGGGCAUCGUCUCCAGAGCAUCCAGAGAAGCACAUAUCUAGUAGUUUAGUUGGUAACACACAGAGGAACAGGAUUGAUGUGGACAGCUCAAUGGAUGUGAUUGAAACGUGGAAGACUAGACUUGAAAACAGAGGUAUUUGUAUCAUCAUCAGUGGCCAUGACUCAUCUGAUCCCAAAGGAGUUGGCUUUGCUAAAAACCAAGCUAUAUUACAAAGCUCAGGGCGUUACCUUUGCUUUCUGGAUGCUGAUGAUGCGAUGAUGUCACAAAGGGUGAGACUGCAGUACGAAGCUGCUCUUCAUCUUCCUGCCAACUGCAUUAUUGGUUGUCAAGUUGAGAGAAAACCAAAAGAUGCUACUGAACGUUAUACUCGCUGGAUAAAUAGUCUAACACAAGAACAACUGCACUCACAGAAUUUAAUGUCUAAGGUUGAAGUAAGACUGGGGAUGCUGGAACCUACUCAGGCAAGUACGAUUCUUACUUAUUACUAA